AUGGUGAUUUACAUCACGAUGAUCAGCGUGUUAGGACUGCUAGCAAUGAUUGUCUCACUAUGGGACAAAUUUGCGCAACCAGCAUUCAGACCAGUACGAGCGACCAUCUUCGUUGCUAUGGGACUUUCAGCGGUGUUCCCCGCUGCUCAUUUGCUAUUUGUUGAUGGACUGGAAUUUCUUUACCAAAAGGCAUCGUUAGUGUGGAUGCUUCUCAUGGGUUUCAUGUACAUCGCCGGCGCCGCGAUAUAUGCCACAAGAAUUCCCGAGCGAUGGUUUCCUGGAAGAUGCGACUUAUGGGUUGUCGAGCAGACUAGGAGCAGUUUCACACCUGACGUUGCUUUUAUCAAGAAAAGUAUCGAAGAUUUGAUUGAGAAGUUGUCACCAUGCUUCUCGCGCCGGUAG